GUUCCAGUUCUACAAGGCAGUGUUGCGUUGCGUCUCGGUGUUUGCUUCGCGGCCACACACACGAUAACCCAACUCGGCUCCCUCUCCCCCCUUGCUCUCUCAUCUCUCUCUCCAAUUUUCUCGCCGCGCUUCCUACAGAUCUCCUCCCUCCGUCGAGGGGUUGGAAAUGGUCGGAGGAUUCUUGUCGAUUGCUUAUCAUCCCAUUUCUUCCUCACUUCCAACCAAUCCCAUCUCUGAGCCUACUUCACCGUCGAUCGCUUCUUCUCUAGAGUGGCCCAGAUUGUUCCUGAAAUAUCCAGUUCGAUCUCAAAGGCAUUUGCAGCCUCCAGUCCGAAUUGGUUCCCAUAUUGCAAGGGCGAGGGCGUCGGUAAAGGGCAUAACAGUCGUGGAUGAAAAUGGUCGAGGCGCGGGGCAGUUCUUGCAGAGCAACUCUAUUUCGGAUUUCAUGAGGUUUAAGACAGGAUAUAGAGAUGGUAUUGAGAAAAGUAGUGGGACUGGGGAGUUGCAAACGGCUGUGGUUAGCUACAGGAUGAAUUUCCCUUGGUCUCUGCUGAAUCCUUUUCUUCAGGUGGAUUUGGUUUCAACAAUUCACAUUGCGGACAAAGAGUAUUUUGAUAACCUGCAAAAGGGACUUGAGCUCUAUGACUGUGUCCUUUAUGAGAUGGUGGCUAGCAGAGAGAAUUUAGAAAAUAGGAGAAGCUCUGGAUCAACUAAAAGCCUCAAAGCUUCACGCUUCAGAAGUUUCAGUAUUCUGGGAUUUAUCCAAAGGCAGAUGGCCCGAAUUCUUGCCUUAGAAUUCCAGUUGGACUGUCUCAAUUACCAGGCUGACAAUUGGUUACAUGCUGAUCUUGACUUUGAGACCUUUAAAAUGCUCCAGCUUGAGAAAGGUGAAAGCCUAUUCACAUUUGCUAGGGAUAUGACCUUAAAAUCUACAAAAGCAUUUGUGCAAUCAACUUCAAUCCCAGAUGAUCUUGAUCCUUGGAGAUCGAAGCUCUUGCAGGUUUCACGUGUGCUACCUAUGCCUCUUGUAGGACUUCUCAUUAUAGGUAGCGUCUGCUCAGCAGCAGAAAAUCAGGUCUCUGAAUACUCUGAGAUAGAAGCACUCUCUAGACUUGAUAUCGGAGCUGCGUUAAAGAUCUUUUUGGCAAAGAGACUAACUUCAGAGUUUACACAGUCAACUGCAUCUGUAGAAGAGAAAUCAGUCAUCAUAGGUGAAAGGAACAGAGUUGCAGCUGAGACACUCCAGAAGGCAAUAGACAGUGGAUAUAAGAAAAUAGCUGUACUUUAUGGCGGCGGCCAUAUGCCCGACUUAGGAAGGCGUCUUCGCGAAGAGUUCAAUAUGGUUCCCUCUCGGGUCCAGUGGCUAACUGCGUGGUCUAUAAGAAAGAGGGAGCUUGACAGCCAAUCUCUGCCAUUUCUAAGGACUUUGGCCAAACUCUCCGGCUGGCCUCUCAACAGGUACCAGACCCUCGCCUUAUUUAUUUUUUCAUCUAUCCUUGCCGUGGAUCUUUGGUUUUGGGAGCUCUUUUUUGGUACUGUUGUGAAUUGGGCAACAUGGGCUACUACAGAAGUAAACUUACUUACUGAUAACAUAUGGGGCUUUUGAUUGAUAAUGGUAGGAAA